AUGAUUAUGGGCGACUUUAACGCUCCGAAUAUCGACUGGAAUCUGACUUCUGCCCCGGGCUCAGAAUUUAACUUUGAUCGCCGCCUCCUAAAAUCUGUGCAAAGAUCGCAUCUCACACAACACGUCUUAUCCCCAACCAGACUACGUGAAGGACAACUAGCUAACUGCUUAGACCUUGUAUUGACACAGGCACCGGAAAGCGUUGAUGUUGUAAAAUGUCUACCCCCUCUCGGAAAAAGCGACCAUGUAGUCCUACAGUCGGAGUAUUCUCUCUUCUCUGUACCCGAUCAAAGCAUCGUGAUUAGACGCAACAUAUGGCGUGGUGACUUCAACCAAAUGCGUCUCGACAUGCGUCGUAGAGACUGGAAAGCAGCAUUUACGGGGAGUGUUCUCAAGGACUCGCUAGAACUUAAGGCCAUACUGAAUGAACUUAUCACCAGAUACUGCCCUAUGUCGAAAAAGAAAAUCACCAGCAAGCCCCGAUGGCUAAAGGGUUCACUAAAAGUUGAAGUAAACCGUAAGCAAAAGCUGUGGAAAGCAUAUCUUAGGGACAAGACAACUGAAUCAAGAAAUAGGUAUAAGGCUCAGCGGAAUAAGGUAAAGUGCCUUGUUUACAAAGCCCGCCCAGACUUCGAAGGCAACCUUUUAAACUGUGCAGCAGGAAACCCAAAGCUUUUCUUCAACUAUAUAAGACAAAGUACUCGCAACAGGGAUCCCAUCCCUAUGCUAAAAAUUGAUGAUGGCGUUGAACUUUACAAGGACGACGAAAAGGCUGAGCAUCUGUCCAGGUUCUUUCAGUCGGUUUUUACGAAAGAAGUCGCUGUACCCACUGAUCACUGUAAUGUGGACAAUGUCCCGACAAUUGACUCAGUAGUACUCACAAAACCUAUUGUUCAACAGGAAUUACUGAACCUAAAAGAAUGGACCUCGCCCGGUCCUGACGAAAUACCGGCAAAGUUGUUGAAGGAAUUAGCCACAGAAUUGGCAGAACCUCUGAGCGUCCUCUUCCAAGCCUCUCUUGAUGCAGGCAGACUGCCUCCUGCGUGGAUUUCACCGAUUCAUAAAAAUGGCAGUCACGCUUCCGCAAACAACUACCGACCAGUAAGCCUCACCUCCAUAUGCUGCAAAGUUAUGGAGCGAAUAAUCAAACGCGAACUGAUGCGGUUUUUAGAGCAAAAUCAUCUUCUGUGCGAUGCACAGCACGGUUUCCGCAGAGGGAGGUCCUGCUUAACCAGUCUACUCUACUGUCUUGAACAGUGGACCCGAGCGAUUGAUGAAGGAAACGUUGUGCAUGUGGCCUACAUGGACUUCAAGAAGGCCUUUGACAGCGUGCCACACCAACGUCUCCUACACAAGCUCAGCCGCAUAGGGGUAAGAGGCAAGCUUUUGAAGUGGAUUGAAAACUUUUUGGUCGGUCGGUCCCAGACUGUUCGUCUUGGUGGCCAGCACUCGGCAGAGGUGACGGUUACUAGUGGAGUACCUCAGGGCUCCGUUCUUGGCCCUAUCCUCUUUCUCAUCUAUAUCGAUGACUGUAUCCAUGGAUUGGACUGCGAAAUUGCCAUGUUUGCUGACGAUAUAAAGCUUUGGACCGUCAUCCGCAACGAGGACGAUGAAGCAAAUUUACAGGCAAACUUAGACCGACUCGAAAAUGGUCAGGCCACUGGCUCCUCCCAUUUAAUGUUACCAAACGCAACAUUCUGA